GCACGAAGUGAAUCGCGGUCGCGAGUUUCUCGGCGCGACCGCUCGCGCGAGUGAGGGCGGCAGUAUCGUUUCAAACGUCGGUCCGUGCGGUCGCUUUUGCGGCGUAGUCUGUGAUUUUUUAGUGUAGCUCCAGAUAAUCCAAGUUAAUCUACGAUGGCGGAUCAGCUGACGGAAGAACAGAUCGCGGAGUUCAAGGAGGCGUUUUCACUGUUCGACAAAGACGGCGAUGGCACCAUCACCACCAAAGAGCUCGGCACCGUGAUGCGCUCCCUAGGACAGAACCCCACAGAAGCUGAACUUCAAGACAUGAUUAAUGAAGUCGAUGCGGACGGCAACGGCACGAUAGACUUCCCCGAAUUCCUCACGAUGAUGGCGCGUAAGAUGAAAGACACAGACAGCGAGGAGGAGAUCCGCGAGGCAUUCCGCGUGUUCGACAAGGACGGCAACGGUUUCAUAUCCGCGGCCGAGCUGCGCCACGUGAUGACCAACCUCGGCGAGAAGCUCACCGACGAGGAGGUCGACGAGAUGAUCCGCGAGGCCGACAUCGACGGCGAUGGACAGGUCAAUUAUGAGGAAUUCGUCACCAUGAUGACGUCGAAGUGAGCCGCCGGCUAGUGUGUGUGUAUAAAGCAGAGAAUUUUAAUAUACGUUUUGUUUCAUGACACACAAUAUUACCAUCGUAUUGGACCUGCAUUUCUCUAGUGUUUGCGAUAAAUUAAUAUUGUCAUCGUUUCAGUUCAAUGGUAUAUAUACCGGUGGGCGCGGCCCCUCCCUAUUUAGACUUUAAAGUAUUCCGUUAAUUUUACUAUAUAAGGAAGAAAACUUCAAGUGUAGCGGUACAAAAGCGAAACGAGUAGGUGUGCGUCGCGUGUGGUGGAUGUCGGUCCGCGAGUGUCGCGAGUGUGGCGUGCGUGUGUGUGCUGCUCCGCACCUUUCCGAUACAUUUAAAUGUAAAUUUUUUUCAAGUAUGAGAUAUUUAUAAAGUACGUGAAGAUUAAAAAAUUUAAAAAAUCACAAAAAAAAUAUACCGUGGCCGUAGCGCGGCGAGUCACCGCCGCUGUGCAUUACUGAUCAUAAUAAAUGUUUCAAUUUAACUUAACUAACUCAGUAAACGAAUAAAUUAGAUUUAUUGGUACUGCAUUAAUUGUAUCUGUAAAUGACUUGAUAAAUAUUAUAUUUCUAUUGUUGGUGAAACUAAUUCUAUCGAAUGGAAAGUACUCCGCUCUGUUAUUCUCUAACCACAUUUGAUUCAUUCUGUUAUUAAAUUUUACAAAAGACAUACUGAAAUAAAUGUUUCUUCAUUUUUAGGUCAAUAAG